AUGACCACUACCACUGGUGGCUUCCUCAUCGUCCCUCCAUCGACGCAGGCAACAGGACUGUAUAAUGUUAGCGGUGUCGGAUCACCCGGCGGAGACUCUCAAUUACAACGAUGGUCCUCGUUCAUAGGCAUCGUUACGGCCAUCGUCGGGAACCUGCUCAUUUCCUUUGCGCUCAACACACAAAGAUACGCACAUAUUCUCAUCGAGCGUGAGUACACCGAGGGGAGGAGAUCACAAUCGAACGGGUCCGCGUCGCCCUCCGCCGGCCGGUAUGGAACGAAUACGCAAGCGCAGAUUGCGGAAGCACGGAGGAGAGUGAAGCUGCGGAUCCCGGAUCGCAAGGAACACACAGAUGCAGACACUGCUUCAUCGGGCGAUGGCCAUACAAAUGGCAGUCUUGGAGCAUCCAUGGAAGAGCAAAGCCAAAAGAAUGAACCAGAGAAUGACGACCAGGAUCGACCUUCAUACCUCAGAUCUCCUGUCUGGUGGCUCGGCCUCGUGCUCAUGAUCGUUGGGGAAAUCGGCAAUUUUCUCGCGUAUGGGUUUGCGCCCGCCUCUAUCGUCAGUCCUCUGGGUGUGGUUGCGUUGAUUUCCAACUGUUUGAUCGCGCCUCUGAUGCUGAAGGAGCGCUUUCGGAAACGCGAUUUCUAUGGUGUUUUGGUAGCGAUUGCGGGCGCCGUCGUCGUCGUCCUGUCGGCACGCCCGAGCGAAGAAAAGUUUGGCCCUGGCGGUCUCUGGAAGACGGCCAAGAGGUGGGAGUUUCUUGUCUAUGUCAUCAUCACGAUCCUGCUGAUCGUCGCAUUAAUCUACUCUGAACCGCGAUAUGGUCGGAGAACCAUUCUUGUCGACCUGGGGCUGGUGGGACUUUUUGGAGGCUACACAGCCUUGUCCACAAAAGGCGUUUCCUCACUUCUGUCGUCAUCCCUCUGGAAGACGUUUGCAUACCCAAUCUUCUAUGUCUUGGUGUUCAUCCUCGUGCUGUCGGCUCUCAUGCAGAUACGCUAUCUCAACCGCGCGCUGCAAAACUACGAUUCAACUCAGGUGAUUCCAACACAGUUUGUUCUCUUCACGCUUUCCGUCAUCAUCGGGUCGGCAGUUCUGUACCGGGAUUUUGAGCAUACGACAACCCAGCAAGCCGUCAAGUUUGUCAUUGGCUGUCUGCUGACCUUUUUUGGAGUAUAUUUGAUCACAAGCGGACGCGAAGGCUACGAUAGCUCUGAGGGCCAAUUGGAGGACGACGACGGAACUAUUCAACUGAUCGACGAAGAAGCCGAAAUCCUCGACGAACGAACACCGCUGAACCGGGACAGGAAACCUUCGAUUCCCCACAGUACGGAUGAGCGCCGGUCCAUGUUGAAUCGGGUAGACGAGGUAGACGAUGAGCCCGGCACUCCGCAGUCAUCGAGACCGGCAUCAGCUGUGCCUUCCAUCGCCGUCACUCCUGCCGAGUCGUCCGAGAACAUUCCUCGCAAUCCUUGGGUGUCUUCAGCAGAACAGAUUGACGCGCCACCUCCUCGGACACCAGAACUCCCCCGCCCCAGUCUACCAUCUCGCAGCGGCUCGUCCACGCCCUUCUUCACACCAUUCACCUCGAGGCCCUUCAAGCGCUCAACGUCCUCACCGGCGGGUGCAGAAACACCCAGCCGACAGAAUACGCCGAGAUUCUCCAGUCCGGAACGUCCCGCAGAGGACGCAUAUGCCACGGCCCGUUUGAUCUCGCACUCGACCCGCGGGAGCAUAUCCCGCCUGAUCCCCGUUCCUGGGCCGCUACUCCCGCCACUCUCGUCUUCGCUGAGCGCGCUCGUUGCGGACUCGCUGCGCCGAGGCGAAGGCUUGCCGUCGUCCGUCCGCGCCAGUCUCCGCCGCAGUCGCUCAGGCCGACACUCGACGGAGACACGCCGGCAGACCGUCGCCGUCUCCGACGAAGAGAACCCGCUGAGUCUGCAUUUCCAGAACAGCAGCGCCGCCGAUCACGACCUGAGUCGUGCGCAGACGCACGAGGGGGCCGUCCUCGACGAACAGCGCGUCGACCAGGGCCUGGGCGGAUCCAAGCGACGGCUGCGGUCUUUGAGCGAGACGCUGUCCGGCAUCAUGGGCCGCGGCAAGGGGAAGAGGAGAGACUAUACGGAUGAGCCGCAGUUUGAUAUUGCAUCGGCCGUUUGA